CGGCGUCGGCUAACGGGAGAAGCAGCCGGCAGAAGGCAGGGCGGUGAGGUCGCCCCGGAGGGGCCGAGCGAGGCCUGCGCCGCUCCCUCCUCGGGGUCUUUACCUCAGAACCGCGUCGCGAGGCUGAGGAGAGGCGCGGCGGCGGGGCCGGCGAGUCACAUAUCGGGCCCUCGCUCUUCCCCGCAGCAAGUGUGGGGCGCUUGACCCCUCGCUUCGCAUACGCGGCGGCAGCAGCAGCAACGCGGGACUCGCCGCCGCUCUCCCUUCGCUCGCAUCAGGCAAAGACGGGUUAAGCAGCGCCGCCGCGCGCGGAGGGAUACAGAGCAGGAGCCUUGAACGUGGCGGUGCUGAGGCCACCGGAGCCCAAAAAUGUCUGCCUGAGGGGACGCCCCGCAAGUUUCGUCGAGGGAAGGAAGGACGGGGCGGAGAGCGAAGCAGGACGGGCGGACGGAGCGAGCAGGCGGCACACGACGACGGGGCCGGCGAGCCUGAGGGGAAAGGAAGAGGAGGGCGGCCUGAGCGAGGGCAGUGCCUUGUCGCCGCUCAGCCUCUCUCUCGCGCGCGCGCGCUCGGAGCGCCGUCCGUCCCCCCCCCUCGGCGCCGUCCUCUCGGUUCCUCGCCGCCCGCUCUCCUGCCUGGCCCCGGAGGGGGGCGCCGCCCGCCUCGGAAGAAGAGCCUCCGCCGGGAACCGGGUACAGCCAGGCGGGAGGGAGGCAGGGCGACGCGGGAGGGAGGCAGGGCGGCUCUCCCCCGACCCUCCGAGGGGCCGCGCGUCGGGGAAGAGCCGAGUCCCUCUCCUGAGAGACUCCAGAGCGGGGCGGCGGGGCGGGUCUGUCGGUGCUCUCCGCCGGCGGCCGAGGCUGGCUGGAUUGUUCAGGGGAGAGCGCCCCUCCCCCCUCUCCUCAGUUAGCAGGACCUGAGUCUCCCCCCCAUUUAUCUUUCACACCGGAAGCCCCUUGAAGUUCGCUUUUGCGGCGACGGCAGUUUGCCUCUUCCUGGCCGCGGCUGCUGGCGCGGGGGGGGGGUAGGCGUCCGGCCGGCCCGUGAGGUGGCGAGGAGAGGACGCCGCCGCGAGAGUGGAUGAAGAUGAAUCCUCAGCAGCAGCGGAUGGCCGCUAUAGGGACGGACAAGGAACUGAGCGACCUGCUGGAUUUCAGUGCGGUAGGAUAUUCUUCGAAGUCUUCUUAUGGCUUCUCCACGAUGUUUUCCCCACCUGUUAACAGUGGGAAAACUAGACCAACUACACUAGGAAGCAGUCAGUUCAGUGGAUCAGGUAUGGAAGAACGAACAGGAGCUGCAUCUUGGGGAACAACUGGUGAAUCAAGUCCUUCAUGUGAACCGAUGAGGGAAAAUGGCGGUCUCCUUGGAAAAAGCUCAGAUCUCUCAACAGCUCUCGAAAAACUGAAACAUGAAGAGGGUUUUACAGACAGUCCUCAUUAUGGUGAUGACUUGAAUGAUAGUCGAUUAGGCCCCAAUGAAGGAUUGUCCCCGACACCUUUCAUAAACUCAAAUCUGACGGGAAAGGCAUCAGAAAGGAGUCUUUUUCCAUUGUUUGGUCGAGAUCCAGGACUCUCAGGCUGUCAGUCAAGUCUGCUUCGGUCAGAUAUUGGGCUUGGAAGUCCAAGUCAGAUUUCAUCUUCAGGAAAAGCUGGCACACCGUAUUACCCAUUUCCUACCACAAAUUCACGGCGAAGAUCACAUGAUUCAUCUUCUCUUGAUUCUCUGCAGACCAAGAAAGUAAGGAAGGUGCCCCCUGGUUUGCCUUCUUCUGUUUAUGCACCAUCUAAUUCAGAUGACUUUAACAGAGAAUCUCCAAGUUACCCGUCUCCUAAACCACCAAGCAGUAUGUUUGCUAGCACAUUCUUUUUGCAAGAUGGAACCCACAGUGCUUCAGACCUUUGGAGCCCUUCCAAUGGUAUGAGCCAGCCUGCCUAUUGUGGAAUGCUGGAAAGUUCCUCCUCUCACAUGUCACAGUCCAGCAGUUAUGCCAGUCGACACACACAUGACCGCUUGAGCUAUCCCCCACACUCAGUCUCGCCAGCAGAUGUAAACACCAGUCUUCCUCCAAUGUCUAGCUUCCACCGGAGCACCAGCAGCAGUUCAUCAUAUGUUGCUGCCGCACACACUCCGCCUGUCAAUGGAUCAGAUAACAACAACAUACUGGUUAACAGAGGCAAUGCUGCUGGAAGCUCACAGACUGGGGAUGCUCUUGGAAAAGCCUUGGCAUCUAUUUAUUCUCCUGACCACACUAGCAGUAGUUUUCCUUCAAAUUCCUCAACACCUGUUGGAUCACCAUCACCUCUCACAGGUGUCAGUCAGUGGUCAAGGACUGGAGGACAAGCCCCUUCAUCUCCAAAUUACGAAAAUUCUCUGCACUCUUUGAAAAAUCGAGUUGAGCAACAACUUCACGAGCAUUUGCAAGAUGCUAUGUCAUUCUUAAAGGAUGUCUGUGAGCAGUCACGGAUGGAGGAUCGCUUGGACAGACUCGACGAUGCUAUCAAUGUACUGAGGAGCCAUGCAGUGGGGCCUUCAACAAGUCUGCCAAAUGCCCAUGGAGAUAUGCAUAGUGUACUGGGACCAUCCCAUAAUGGGCCAAUUAGUAGUCUGAGCUCAAAUUAUGGAGCAUCCAGCCUUGUAACAGCCAGUCGGCAAGCCGCAAUGGUCAACGUGCACCAAGAAGACGGUGUCAGCCAUAGUACCAAUCAUUCAGGAUUGUCUAGCACCCUUCCUGCUCAGAAUACUGAACUAAAUCACAAAACACAAGAAAGCUACAGAGUUCCGUCAUCUGGAUUGCCGACCCACUCAGUAGCAUUAGGUCCGGCUGAGAUCAAGUCAGAGCACAAGGAGAAAGAUGAAAGCACACAUGAACCUGCCUCCUCUGAUGAUAUGAAAUCAGACGAUGAGUCCUCCCAAAAGGAUAUCAAGAUUUCAUCAAGAGGAAGGACAAGCAGCACCAAUGAAGAUGAGGAUUUAAACCCAGAGCAGAAGCUGGAGAGGGAGCGGGAGAGGCGGAUGGCCAACAAUGCUCGUGAGCGCUUGAGGGUCCGAGAUAUUAACGAAGCAUUCAAGGAGCUGGGCCGAAUGUGUCAACUUCAUCUGAAGAGUGAAAAACCUCAGACCAAGCUGCUUAUUCUUCACCAAGCUGUGGCAGUCAUCCUCAGUCUUGAGCAGCAAGUCAGAGAGAGGAACCUAAACCCAAAAGCAGCCUGCCUUAAAAGAAGGGAAGAAGAAAAAGUUUCUGCCGUAUCGGCAGAGCCGACACCACAUCCAGGAACCCAUCCUGGGCUUAGUGAAACUACCAACCCUAUGGGUCAUAUGUAAACACCAGCCAGAAUUCCGGAAUCACGGGGAGGAAACCUAGAAGGUGACAUUUUCUUCACAAAGACACAGAUUCAAAUAGCAUUAAACGAAGACACAUCUGACAAGAGAAGCAAGAAACUCAAAUGCAAUCAUAUGAUCAAAUACUGGUUAUCAUCUGCAUCAGGAGUGAUUAUGCCAGCAUCUCCUCCUGAUAAUAUUUCAGUGCCAGAAACAGCACAUCUCCUCAUCCUCUUUCUC